UUGUGGUUACCUCGGCAUGUUUAUCUUUGCCCAUCAUAAACCACAUCGGCAGACUCUAAAAAUAAAGAAAUUAAAAAGAUAAUGAAAAUGUAAUAUUGUCCAAUAGUGUCCAAAUUUAGGCAAAACUUCGUCACACCGUCAGCAAAGUCCUUGCUACCAGCGAAAUCUGUUCGUCUGCCAAAGUGGGAUUCAUAGCCUCAGACUUUCCCACUGGACCAGAGAGAAGUGCUAGCCUACUAUGGUUGAGAGCAACCUGCCUGAGGCCCUGGCCGAGUUGCAUGUACAGCACCAGGAGCAGGUCCGCAUCAGCAAAGAGGAGAUCAAAAAUAACCUCAAGCUGGAGAACACUCGCCACUCUGCGGACAGGAACAGUCACUUGGUGGGAGCCGCCCAUGAAGAACUGCAGCAGACAUGUAUGCGACUGGAAGGAAUGUCCGCUCAACUCAGCCAGCUGCAGAAGCAGUUGGCAGUUCAGGAGGCCCAAGUUCAUGAUAAGCACCAGGAGGUGGUGGAGGUGAGGACCUGCAUGCAGAUGCAGCUGGAGAAGUACCAGCAGCUGCUGUACAUGAAGCUGGGCCUGGAUAUGGAGAUGGCAGCCUACAGGAAGGUCCUGGAUGGAGAGGAGCAGAGGCUAGGUCUGUCCCCCAGCCCUCCCCCCAUGUGUGUGACUGUAAUACUCCCCUCCUCGAACACACACAUGUGCAACAUCCGGAGCAAGUCCUCGGUCUGCGGCAAAAAGCGGUGUCUGAACGACACAGAGAGCGAAGUGUCCAGUGUGGUAGGCAGAACCGUCUCAAGCACACACAUCGUCCAGCAGGGCUCCGCCAGCGGGCGUGUCACCGUGGACAAGGUGGAUCUGGACGGCAACGACGUCCGCCUGAGCAACAAGGCUGACCAGAUCUGGGCGGCUAACGGAGGCGGCUCCCACAACCCCCCGACUGACCUGGUGUGGAAGACCCAGAACUCCUGGGGCAGCGGCGACCUGUUCCAGACCACGCUUAUUAGUGCUAAUGGAGAGGUAAGGUUCUCAGAUUGCUCAGAGAGACAACACCAAUCGUCAAACUCACGACCAUCUCGACAGGGAAAACCAGAUCCACUGUUUGCAUUUGAGAGAGCUUUCAUUCACCUGCUGUCUGAUCUCCACUGAUGGCGACUCCGGGCCAAAAUCACGGAGGGGGACAAAGCAGCCAGUCCACCCGCAUCACGCGCCAAAAGGAGAAGGAUGAGCUGAUCAACCUCAACAACCGGC